CAGGAAAUACUAAGACCAGUGAUGUUUACAUCCUAGCUAGCAGGAGAGCUGGCAGGCAAAUAUUGAAGAUGCAUCUUCUACUGAGGAUAGAGUUUUUACACAGUAGAUGUGAUUAGAAGACUGAAAUUGCAGAAUCCUGAAGAAAAACCCAUACAGCCUCCAAAUGGUGCUGGUUUUCAUCAUGAACCGGAUGAGCAGCUCCCAGAGCAGUGUGCUGGCCCAGCGGAGGCGCAUGGCUUUGGGCAUCAUCAUCCUCCUGCUCGUAGAUGUUAUCUGGGUGGCCUCUUCAGAACUCACCUUGUAUAUAUUUAAGCACCAAGACUACAACAAGCCCUUCUUCAGCACCUUUGCCAAGACAUCCAUGUUCGUCCUCUACCUGCUGGGAUUCCUGGUGUGGCGACCAUGGAGACAGCAGUGUUCGGGCAGGUUGUGCGGCCGACCCACAGCCUUUUUUGCUGAUGCAGAAGCCUACUUAACCACUUGCACUACAGACAACAAUUUAAGUAAUUCCCUAAGUGAACCCCUCUACGUUCCUGUCAAGUUCCAAGAUGCACCAGCAGAACAGGCCAGUAAUGCCAAGGGAAACUCUGAACGAUCCCCUAAAAAGCACCGGGUACGUUUUAGCAACAUCAUGGAGGUUCGGCAGCUGCCGUCCACCCAGGCGCUGGAGGCUAAACUGUCACGGAUGUCCUAUCCAGCGGCCAAAGACCAUGAGUCCAUGCUAAAAACGGUUGGCAAACUUACUGUGAUUGAAGUAGCAAAAAUUAGCUUCUUCUUCUGCUUUGUGUGGUUCCUAGCAAACCUUUCCUACCAAGAAGCACUGUCUGAUACGCAGGUAGCCAUUGUGAACAUGUUGUCCUCUACUUCAGGUCUUUUUACUCUGAUCCUGGCUGCCAUUUUCCCGAGCAACAGCAGUGACAGGUUUACGCUCUCCAAGCUUCUAGCAGUCGUGCUAAGCAUUGGGGGUGUGGCCCUUGUGAGCUUUUCCAGCUCCAGCGGCUCCGAUGAGGAAGGUGCAUUAGGGAUCCUCUGGUCUCUGGCCGGGGCCGUCCUUUACGCUGUCUACAUUGUAAUGAUCAAGCGGAAGUUUGAGCGGGAAGACAGGCUGGACAUCCCCAUGUUCUUCGGCUUUGUAGGAUUGUUCAAUCUGCUGCUGCUCUGGCCUGGCUUCCUCCUCUUGCACUACGCGGGUUUCGAGCCAUUCGAGCUGCCCAGCAAGCUGGUAUGGAUGUACAUCAUUGUCAAUGGCCUCGUAGGAACCGUGCUCUCCGAGUUCCUCUGGUUGUGGGGCUGUUUUCUCACCUCAUCUCUGAUAGGCACGCUCGCCCUGAGCCUGACGAUACCGCUGUCCAUUAUAGCCGACAUGUGCAUGCAGAAGGUGCAGUUUUCCUGGCUGUUUUUUGCUGGUGCUAUCCCUGUAUUUCUGUCUUUUUUUAUUGCAACUCUUUUAAGUCACUACAACAACUGGGACCCAGUGAUGGUGGGACUGCGAAGGGUGUUUGCUUUUGUAUGUCGAAAACACCGCAUUCAAAGGUUACCAGAGGAUAGUGAGCAGUGUGAGAGCCUUAUCCCCCUGCAUAAUGUGUUGCAGGAUAAUGGAGGGAGCUGUUCGUGAGCCUGUGUGCAGUCAUAAGAUUGGGAUAGAGUAAUAAAUGGCAAUGGAACAAUUCAAGACCAUUCCUUAAAGUAUUCCUUAUUUCCCAGUGCCUCAUAGAUGUCUUGAACGAGAUGACAAAUCGAACCCUUUAAGACACAGCCUGUUACUGGAACCCUGUUUGGAUGGACCUCAUUGUCAAUUUGUAAGUGGUACUGUUGGAGAUAAUGCACUUCUCAGUACACUGAAUGUAACACCACGCAAUAGGGAUAUCACGUCAGUCAUUUGCAGAAAAAUACUGUUAUCAUUCUGAUCAAAAUUGUUGAUUUUUCUUCCUUUUUUUUUUUUUUUUGCUUCCUCCACUGAAAUUACACAAUGUGAUGGCAGACUGAGUGAACCCUUUAUAAAUACUUUACGUAACACUAAUAUGCAUUGUUAAGCAACACUACAUCCUGUAGUACAUCUGUUAUUCAUCUCUGUUGUAAA